AUGGCUGACUUUUUCUCUAAAGGACUGUCUUUUGUCCCUGACACACAUAUGGACUUAGUAAAGACUAUUGUGGAUCUGAAACUGUUUGUCCGUAAACUUAACCUUUUGGCAGUUUUAGGUAAACAUUCUUCACUGGUUAAACCAUUUAGAAUAUCUAGCCUGUUUAACCCACCUUUGGUCAGUAACCUUAAAACAUUUGAGAAAUCAUGUGAAUUAGAUCUAAGGUUCUUGUCUGCUAGUAAAACCAACAAAAGUAAACACACCCUCAAUAUAACAACUGAACAACGGGAUUUCAUUAAGCUAUUACAGGAUUGUAACAUUCGAGUUAUGAAACCCGAUAAAGGGGGAGGGCUUGUGUUUAUGAAUCAGGCGGAUUACAUCAACAAACUAUCUACUCACUUAGACGAUGGCCCAUACGAGGACACUAGUAUCAACGAAGUGAAUAUGGCACAUAGUAGGAUUAGGGCGAUAAUUGAAGAUCUUUUCCUAGAGGACAUUAUUGACAUUGACACACACACCUACCUUAACAUGACAUCACCUAGAAUGCCAUCCUUCUUUGGUGCCCCCAAAAUUCACAAGUCAGUAAACGAACCCCCUUUUAGACCAAUAGUGGACGGUAGAGGGUCCAUACUUACAGCUUGUGCCAAGUAUGUGGACAGCCUUUUGAAACCAUACAUUGCAAAGGAAACACAGAUAUGUAAGGACUCAUGGGGCUUCCUGGACGAUAUUAACAAGAUACCUUUUGACCCUAAUUUAACAUUCAUGACAGUGGAUGUUAAAGACUUAUAUACAGUCAUUCCACAACAAUUAGGGUUGCAGUGGAUCAGGGAGUUCCUAGAAGAAAGGAGGGUUCCCAUUUCUGUCUGCACUGAGAGUUGUUCCCCAGGAUACAGGAAGGCUGACCAGCGGGGACAACCCAAGUGUUGCUUCAUCUGUAUCCCCUGUUCUGAGGGUGAGAUCUCUAACCAGACUGAUUCAGUUGAAUGUCUAAUAUGUCCAGAUGAUUACAUGUCAAAUGAGAGACGAGACUUGUGCCUUCCGAAGGCUGUGGAGUUCCUUGCUUAUGAAGACCCCUUGGGUGCAGCCCUUGCAACCUUGGCCAUUCUUUUUGCACUGAUGCCUACAGCCAUUCUAAUAAUAUUUUCUCUUUACAAGCAAACCCCCAUUGUUAGAGCCAACAACCGCGAGAUCAGUUAUUUCCUUCUUGUUGCUCUUGUAUUGUGCUACCUCUGUUCUUUAAUUUUCAUUGGCCGCCCAAACAGAGUGACUUGUUUAAUCCAGCAAACUACCUUUGGCAUUGUUUUUGCAUUCUGUGUUAGCUGUGUGUUGGCAAAAACCAUUAUGGUGGUCAUAGCAUUUAAAGCUACAAAACCAAACAGCAGCCUGAGGAAAUGGGUGGGGCCUGCAUUACCUAUUACCAUAAUCUUCUGUUGUACACUGUCUCAAAUUAUUCUGUGCAUAGUCUGGCUACUAAUAUCUCCUCCCUUUCCAGAAGCAAACAUAAAAUAUCUGAGCACAAAAAUUGUAAUUCAGUGCAAUGAGGGUUCCACUCUUGCUUUCUGGUGCAUGCUGGGAUACAUGGGCUUGCUGUCUUGUGCUAGCUUUGUAAUGGCCUUUCUAGCUAGAAAGUUACCUGAUAGUUUUAAUGAAGCUCAGUUCAUUACCUUUAGUAUGUUGGUGUUUGUCAGUGUCUGGAUCUCAUUCAUUCCUGCCUAUCUCAGCACAAAGGGGAAGUACAUGGUUGCCGUGGAGAUUUUUGCCAUCUUGUCUUCCAGUGCUGGUUUGCUCAGCUGUAUAUUUCUGCCAAAAUGUUACAUUAUUCUACUGAGACCUGAUAUGAAUAUCAAAGAUUAUCUCAUGGGAAAACGACCUGGUAGUAAUAUGAAAACAAUAAUAAUUGAGCAUUGA